AUGGGUGCGCUAGAUGAAAUGAUGGCUGGUUCGGCCAACAUACUGUGCACAUGGCAUAUCAACAAAAAUGUCCUAGCCAAAUGCAAACGAAUGUUUUCCUCUGGAGAGGAGUGGGACGAGUUCAUUAGUCAGUGGAACUGCUUGAUAUCAUCGAGCAGUGUUGAUGAAUAUGAAAGGCAAUGGAAGAAGUUUUGCACUCAAUUUCAGCAUCAGCCGAACGCUCUCGACUAUCUAUCGUCGACGUGGCUAAUCCACAAAGAGCGGUUCAUCAAUGCGUGGACAUCAAAACACAUGCAUUUUGGCAAUACUUCAACAUUACGCGUGGAGGGCUCCCACGCAUACAUUAAAACAGGAGCUUCGGUGUUUGCGGCAGUUUCUGAAAAAAUCUCUGUUUUCGCGCUGGAGAUAGCGCUUAAAGAAUUUGAGAAAGCCCAGGAAAAAAUGGAUGACCAGGAUACGACCACAGCUUGGGACGCUCUUGGCAAGCAACUUUUGUUUCUACCUGAUGUAAGGCAAAAGGUAGUGCUAGCACAGGCUAGCAGACUGAUCGCUGGCCAUGGUACUGUUGUGGAGUUGCAACCACAAAAUAACAAAAGAGGCCGAGGUCGACCGCCUGGAGCCAAAAAUCUUCCGAAGAGCAGUACCAAGCGGAACCCAUCAUCUUUUGAAAUCGCAGAAAAAGAAGUGGGCCAAAAAGAACAGCGCAGUGCACCAACCACUGGUGCAGAGAUUUCGUCCUUAUCUUACGAGGAUCACAGAUGUCGAAGCAGACGGAAACUGCGGAUAUAG